UUUGGUGCACGUGUAUUUCAUUUCAAGUCCUUUAUUAUUGUAAGCGGUCAAAGUGAAUCAGUGCGACGGGAAUUUUGCUAUUUUUUUUCCAUUGAAUUCCCAAUAUAUUUUUUUUUUUAUUAAUUUGUUAUCAACGGCAAGAAGCGGUUUGGUGUGAGAAAAAAAAAAUAAAAUAAACCAGAAGAUGACCAUGGAUAUAGCACAGCAAGAAAGAGAAGAUAUGAAAAUGUUAUCGCCUCGGCUGACAUGUGAAAUUCAAAAUAAAAACGAUUUGAUACCACAAACGAUCAAGCCAAGUGUUAAACGAUCAUUCGAUGUGGCAUUUUUAAUGUUGCCGGAUGAAAAGCUAAAAAAUAAACAUCCCGAGAAACAAGCACGCCUUCAAUCGGACGCGAUCGUUACAUAUCGGCCGCAAAUUAAUGUAAAAAAUGACGAUGGUCUGCGAAAAAUGUUUGAAAAACGCAACGAACUAUUGAGCAACGGAAAUCCAAUGAAAAAUGGUUCAUCAUCGAAUUUUCAGCAAACAAAUAAUAAUAAUAACAAUGAUAUGAUAAAAAAUGGACGAUUCUUUCCACAAGAUUUAACAUUUAUAUCACAUGAUUUGGUGAAUCGCGUCAGUGAGGCUCCGAAAAGUGCUUUUACCAAAGUACCGAAUGUUCGACAAGUCGAUUCACCGAUACCGCCAGCUCCAUCACUGAGCCCUGGUCAAUUGAGUUGCCCAUCAACGAGCCCACCAAUAUCAUCCAGUCCACCGCAGAAUCCAAUUUAUCCAUUCCGAUCUGAGUAUCAACUGAUCAACAGCAGUCCAUUCCAAACAACCAUUAGUCAAAUGCACCAAUUGGCACAAAAUGAAAAAUUACGCCAACAAUUUGCGUAUCGUCCACCGCAACAUCAUCAACAAAACGGUGAUCUACCACAUUCGAGUUCAUACUUAACGGCUGGAAAUUUCCCGUUUGCAGGUGCCGGUGCACAUCCAUUUGUCGCUCAACCAGAUCUCAGUGGAAUUGUACGAAAUCCAGCGGCGGCCGCCGCUUUACUCAGCACAUUGAUUCCACCAACAAUUGCCACAUCAUUUUCGUUGACGGCACAAAAUGUUUGUGCCAAAUGUAACAUAAGUUUCCGCAUGACCAGCGAUUUGGUGUAUCACAUGAGAUCGCAUCACAAAAGUGAAUACGCUGGCGACACAAAUCGGCGAAAACGCGAGGAAAAGCUAAAAUGUCCGGUUUGUAAUGAAAGUUUUCGCGAAAGACAUCACCUAACUAGACAUAUGACCGCUCACCAGACGCGUUUAAACGAAGUUAGCGAUGAGCUCGAAAACGGUCAAGUUCAACGCCGGCAAAAAUGAUACGUGUGGUGAACUAGAAAUUAAUUUAGGCUAGAUACGAAACCAAAAUAAAGAGAUACAAUUUCUUUUCUCUGAUCUCGAUUCAAUACAAAUGACACAUGUCCAUAAAAAAAAGCAAUGCUAUCUUACCAUAUUCGUAACUUUUACGUUUAAGAAUGAAAUAAGUUAUUGAUAACAUCUACAUUGUGAUAAAAUCAUAGCGAAAAGAAAAUGUGGGCCGAAAGAAGUUUUAAUUGACCACAUUGAUUCAAACGAAGUUGUCUUGAGAGAUUGUUUCCAAUCUAAAAUCCAACCAAAUUCAUUUGAUAAAUGUUUGAAGAAAAAACUUAGUCCCAUUCCAAAUGGAAAUGAUAAAAAACGUGUAUAGAUUUGAUUUACACUAAAGUGGUUGACAAACAACAAAUGAAAUUAUUUAGCCCGUAGUCGGUUCAAAUUAUUAUUUGAACUAAAACCAACCAUAUUUGCCAAACCAAAAAUUUCUUUGAAUUCCUUGUCGAUUUCACACACUCAUUGUAAAUAAGUAGGCUACUAGAAGUUUAUUGCUCUCGCACUUUUUUGCUCAAACGAUUAUCGAAUUCAGAGUUUUUGUAUGAUGUACGACUUUUGGCAUUCAAUGACUGAAAUCAGCUCAUCGAGUGCAGACAGCUGUGCAGACAACAACAAAAAGAAUCAAUGUUAAUAUUCGAUAGUCGAUCAUUAAAAAUCAGUAAUCCGUAGGAUAAUCUGAAUAUCACAUUUAUUUAUCAUUUGAAUUGUUACAAUUUUUCUAAUGUAUUGGAGAAUUGUAUUCGAUAAGCUUAAUGCAUCUCAACGACAAUUCCUAGUCUAACUCACUCAUUUUACGUGUAUAUGUUAAAA